CCAUAGUGAUUAUUAUCGCAACAGAGUAUUUUGGUGCAUGGGAGGAGUUCCUAAGGAUUUAUUUAUCCGAGAUGGUAUAAAAACCACAUUGGGUCUUAAUCUGCGGUUCGUGCAUCUGGAUCGUCUAACCUCUAUCAUGAAGGUCAUCCUCAUCCUCUUUCUCACCAUCACCCUGACCUCUCAGGGCUACAGUGCCAGUGUCACUGAUGCUGAGAUCAAGUCUCUAUCUGAAACGCUGUACAAGUUAGACUCUAACAGGGCCACAGCCUCAGAGCUGGUUAUUGAUCCUCAGACACUGAUCUCUUCUUCUCAGACCAGCUCCGGAAGUGACCUCUCAUCACGCCCAUUGUUCAAGCAAGUUAGUAGUACUUUGCUCUCCAAGCCCACAUAUAAAGCUCUGCUGAAUCUACUGGACAACUAUAAAAGGUUGACAGGAGAAGCGGAGGAUGUGCCGUCGCAAGAAGUGCAGGAACAGGACACUUUCCUCCAACAGACCAUGAACACUGACCUGGGCAAGGAGCUCUACAAUUUCCUCUACUCUAAAGGUGUAUACUCAUCACAGAGCGAGUUUAUCCAGGAUCUGAAGAUGAUGUGGUUCGGCCUUUACUCUCGAUCUAGUGGAAAGCUGGACUCCAGCGGGUUUGAGCACAUCUUUGUAGGAGAAAUUAAGAGUGGUAAGGUGUCUGGUUUCCACAACUGGCUGCAGUUUUAUCUGGCGGAGAAACAGGGACUUCUGAAUUACUACAGCCAUAGUUAUGAUGGCCCUUGGACCACAUAUCCUGACGUAUUGGGAAUGCAAUUUAAUUGGGAUGGCUAUUUCAAAGAGGUUGGUUCUGCCUUUAUUGGCUGUAGUCCUGAAUUUGAUCUGGCUAUCUACAGUCUCUGCUACAUUACCCGCCCUGGCAAAAGGUGUUAUGUGAGUUUGGGAGGACAUACUCUGGGCAUUCAGACCUACACAUGGGACAAUAGCAGCUAUGGAAAUGGAAAGAAGUACAUUGCCUCUGCUUACCCUGCCACACCUUGAUUGUCUGUCAUCUGAAUAUCAGUAUCAACAAACACACAACCAACACAACUCAUCUGCAAUCUUAAUUCUUCACUUAAUUAUUUGAAGUUGAUGUUGGAUCAAAUAAAAAACAUGAACAGAAAAACACA